AUGACAGAUUCUAUUUAUAUGGAAGGAUGGCUUAUACGAUCGAGAGAACGCGGCAUGCAUUUUCCACCGUUUAAGUCGAAAUGGGUUCGCCGGUACUUUGUCUUACGAAUUUGUGACAAGAAGCUGGGAACGUAUGUGCUCGAUGAAUUUCGAAAAGAAGAUAAGAGGCGGCUUAGAAAGUCGCUUGAUCUCGUCCGCUGUGUCCAAGUGAGAUUCAUCGAUUCUCAUUUGCAAUUAGCGGAUUCCUCUUGUGCGACAACAUCACGUUUUGGUGGCUUUCAGUGGAUAUUUUCAUUAUAUUUUACCAAAGGAACAUCGUCUGAAAAGAAAACACCACUUUACUUUGUGUCAGAAUCUGAGGAGAAAAUGAAAGAGUGGGUGUAUAACCUAUGCCGUGCUUGUCGUUUGGAAAAGGAAACUGAUGAAGACAGUACUUCCUUCACGCAGCAGCAUCCAUCUCACGUAGAAGCUCCCUCUCACCGAUCAACGCUUCCGUCUUCCAUAGGCGGGCUAUCCAUUUACUCUGAUCGAUCAUCUGAAAGUAUGCUCGAUACCCCAAGGAGUGAAGUUAGCCGAGAGUUUGAGGUUUUG